CAUUCCUGGCAACGUGGACCUAGGUGUACCUCCGAAUGGGAGACGACCGCAAGGGUAAGCCUCGUCUCUUCCAGGCGGAUCUCUUCAGCUCGUCGCCAAGCAGUCUCACGAGUCUCAAUCUAUCAUCAGACGCCAAACUACCCGGCCCCGUCCCUUUCAUUGUGCCACAUGUCGACCAGAAAGCAAACAGCUUGCCUGACCCGUUUCAACAGCAGCCACUAGACAAGGAUUCAAGUCAACCGUUUAAUUCACCCGAAAGACCACCGUCAGAGAGCCAAGGACUGUCACAAGUGGACCUAUCCGACGAAACACCGACAGAGGACCCACUUGAGGAACAAAGUUCGGAGAGACAACAGCCACCGGCGAUUUUGUCGACGCCGCACGCGAGUGCAGAGUUGGUGACGAGUUUUGAGACGCCGAAUUCGGGCCACGCUCAACCUCCGACGUCGACUCCCGUUCCGUCUACUCUAGGAUAUCCGGGAACUUUGGCCCCAGAUGGUGGGACCGGAUACAAUCCGUACAGAGCGCAUAACUUACAGAGACCGGCCCACCAGUCGGCGUACACACUGCCGACUACGUCACACCAGUUUGUUCCUGUUCCCGAUCCUGUUCAACCCCUGCAGCCUCCGACCGAUUUUCCAUCGGGGUCACAAACGGAAGGGUAUCACGUCCCUCAGCAGCCCAUUAUGGGUCAGCAACCAAAUGUGGUUCAACAGCUACUGGUGGAUCAACAGUUGGUACAACCGUAUUGGUUCUUUGUCGAUCGUCGUGGAUACUGGACUCCGUUCUCACGGAACGACUCUUCGAAUAUCGAAAGUUUUUAUCAAGCAGGGAGGAGCGAGGACGAGUCGUGUGUUAUUACAACAGAUGGCGGUCGAUAUGACGUGUGCUUGGGAACGCGUACGAGGCAUGCCGUGUACUGGGAAGAGCCCGUAUCGGAGCUGCGACGAUGCACGUGGUUUUACAAAGGUGAAACAGAUCGAUACUUUGCACCGUAUGAAGAACAAAUGGCAGAGAAGCUGGAAGGCGAAUUCUUAUCUGCUUGGCAGUAUAACGCAUGGAACAGACGUGUCGAGUUGGGCGACAAAGGAUUUGUUGUGAUGCACAAUCCGAGCGUUCUUGUGCAUCACGUUCCUCAGUUGCAGGCCUCACACAUGGAUUGGUCGACGGAUAACAGGCAAAGUCGGCCGUGUGUGGUGAAACGAGGAUUUGAUGAAAUAGAACAGGUUUACGAAGGAGAGUUUCCUGUAGUUGACCAUUUAGUGUUCGUUGUCCAUGGACUUGGUCCGGCUGCUGACACUCGACAUCAGUCGGUCGUUGAUAGUGUUGAUAGUUUGAGACAGGUGGGAGAGUCUCUUCUGUAUUCCCAUGAAAUGCCUGGUCGGUCGCAAGGUGGUCGUGUUGAGUUCCUCCCGGUUUGUUAUCAUUCUGCUCUCGGUCAAGAUCCCAGUGCAGUAGACAAGAAUUUGAAAAAUAUCAGCUUAAACAGCAUUAGUCGACUUCGAGAGUUUCAUAAUCACAGUUUAAUAGAUCUUAUGUUUUAUACGAGUCCAUUGUAUUACCAGACGAUAGUGAAAUGUAUUGCGGAGGAGAUGAAUCGGUUACUGACGUUGUUCAUGACUCGAAAUACAAGUUUUGCUGGCACAGUGUCAGUCAUGGGACACAGUUUGGGUGCUUGUAUUCUGUUUGACAUUCUGUCACAUCAGCAAAUUCCUGGUGACGUCUCGCAUGCUGAGACUGCAGUGGUGAACGAAGGUGCGAUCGUGUCAGAAGAAGCUAGCGUUGACAAUGAGCUGCCGAUACCUGUGGCUACUGUUGAAGAUGCUUUGCAGCAACUGGGGCUUGGAAACUUUAAUGCCAAACUUCAAACUGAGCAGAUGGACAUGGACUCACUGGUGAUGUGUAGUGGAGAUGACCUAAAGGAGUUAGGGAUACCUCUUGGACCAAGAAAAAAGAUGCUGAGUUUCAUAGCAGAACAAGCUGAUCUCAGAGAUCAAAAGAAAAGAAAAGAAGCUGAAAUGAAAGCAAAAGAGGAACAAGCAGCACGCAAGGCUGCUGAAGAGGAAGCAAAACGACUCGCAGCAGAACAAGCUCUUCAUAUGCAGCCCGGAUCUGUACGAGAGUUUGAAUUUAGAAAAUUGGGAGUCGGAGUCGGUCAACCGGUUAUGACGUUUCCGAGGCUGGACUUUGCGCCCACAAAUUUGUUUUUGUGCGGAUCGCCUCUCGGUCGUCUUCUUGCUAUUAGAGGCGAUCUGGAGAGAAUAGGAUUGGACUAUUCAUUGCCAACUUGUUCGUCUGUUUUCAAUGUUUUUCAUCCGUACGAUCCGAUGGCGAGUCGUUUGGAGCCUGUUGUUGAGCCUAUGCUCAACGUAAAGCCUUUCUUGGUGCCUCAUCAUAAGGGGAGAAAGAGAUUUCAUUUAGAGUUGAAAGAGAAUCUAGGCAGAAUGGGCGCGAAUUUGAAACGUCAGAUUAUUCAAGGAGUCAAACAAACGUGGCAACAGCUGAACGACUUCGCGCGGAGUCACUACAGCAAAGACAACGCAGAAGACCAAGACACGCAGCUGGAGAUGGUGUCAACACAAGACCAGUCACUCUCGGACGCCGUCACAGAACAAUCAGUCAGCGAAGCCGGUGAAGGUGACAUCCACCUUCCUAAUAAUUUCAUUACCUGUAGACUUACCUCCAUGCAUCUGUUUGAAACAGAGGACAUCCGUAUUGGCAAUCUCAACGGUGGUCGUCGAAUCGACUAUGUAUUGCAAGAGAAACCCAUCGAAAGCCUAAACGAAUAUUUAUUCGCUUUCUCAAGUCAUUUCUCGUACUGGCAAUCUGAAGACACCUCGCUGCUUGUUUUGAAGGAGGUUUACCGGCAUGCGAAUGACAGUACAGUGAUGAACCCCAAUUGACAUAAUAUAUAUACCGGUGCUAGAUGUACAUGUGUGUAUGUACUGUACAGUCGUGUACUGUACGCGUAGUGGAGACGACACAACACGUGUAAAUGAAUUCAGUCUGA